AUGCGAACCCUUCUCUCCACCGUCGGUUUUCUUUUCCUCCUCCUUCUCAGCCACAACGGUGGCUUAACAGGAGCCACCGAUGCCGAGCAUAGCCUCCGAGCCACAGAUUCUCACACUCAUCGCCACCGUCGCCACCACGGCCACCGCCGCAGAGAAAAUUUCGAGUACUCAGCCUUAUCAUGUAGAGCUUACUCAGCGUCUCUUGACGAGUUCGGAGCCGUAGGAGACGGUGUGACCUCAAACACGGCUGCGUUUCGCGAUGCAGUGUCUCAGCUUAGCCGUUUCGCAGACCACGGUGGCUCAUUGUUAUUUGUUCCCGCCGGACGGUGGCUUACCGGAAGUUUCAACCUCACCAGCCAUUUCACCCUUUUCCUCCACCGUGAUGCUGUUCUCCUCGCUUCCCAAGAAGAAAGUGAUUAUGAAGUGAUAGAGCCAUUGCCUUCAUACGGACGAGGGAGAGACACAGAUGGUGGAAGAUUCAUCAGUCUACUAUUCGGUUCAAAUAGACGUGAGAACGGGACUAUUGAUGGACAAGGAGAGCCAUGGUGGGGGAAAUUCAAGAGAGGAGAACUAAAAUACACAAGACCAUAUUUGAUUGAGAUUAUGCAUUCUAAUAGCAUCCAAAUCUCCAAUCUCACUUUCUUGAAUUCUCCUUCUUGGCACAUUCACCCGGUUUACAGCAGCAACAUUGUUAUCCAAGGUUUGACCAUAUUAGCACCUGUCACCGUACCAAACACGGACGGGAUCAACCCAGAUUCUUGCACGAACACGAGGAUAGAAGAUUGCUACAUUGUCUCCGGCGACGAUUGUAUCGCCGUGAAGAGUGGAUGGGACCAGUAUGGAAUCAACUACGGCAUGCCUACGAAACAGCUCUUGAUCCGACGGCUCACAUGCAUUUCACCUGAUAGUGCUGUGAUCGCUCUCGGUAGCGAGAUGUCAGGUGGUAUUGAAGAUGUUCGAGCUGAAGAUAUCGUAGCCAUUAACUCUGAGUCUGGAAUCAGGUACGUAAUCAAAAAUACACCGGUUUGGUUAUGUUUGGUUAGAUUAAACCGGAAUAAAACAUGCAGGAUUAAAACAGCUGUUGGACGUGGAGGGUACGUGAAGGAUGUGUACGUACGAGGAAUGACGAUGAAGACAAUGAAGUAUGUAUUUUGGAUGACCGGAAGUUACGGUUCGCAUCCGGACGAGCAUUAUGAUCCAAAAGCGUUACCGGUUAUUCAGAAUAUUAAUUAUCAAGACAUGGUCGCAGAGAACGUGACCAUGCCGGCUCAAUUAGCUGGAAUAACGGGAGAUGAGUUUACUGGGAUAUGUAUCUCUAACGUGACCAUCACGCUUUCGAAGAAACCUAAGAAAGUGUUUUGGAAUUGUACUGAUGUUUCUGGUUAUACAAGUGGUGUGACUCCGGAGCCGUGUCAGCUGUUGCCAGAGAAGCAGCCGGGGACCGUUGUGCCUUGUAACUUCCCAAAGAGUCCCCUUCCUAUUGAGGAAGUGAAACUACAACGUUGUAACACCAGAAGAAGGCACAUGUGAAGAUGAAAACGUUUUGUUUUAUUUUAUUUUACAAAUAUGUUUCUUGGAUUAAGUAAACUUUUUAUCAAAAUGGGA